AGACAACGCGAGCUACCACGCGCAUUCAGACUUGAGCUGGCACGGUCACUUCCUCGCAGGCAAGUGAGCCAUCACCAUCUUCACGGAACCCUCACAAUUUCCCAUAACUCAACCAGUUUAUCUUCAUAUGUGGACACGCUUAUUCACUCCAAUCAGCUACAAAUAAAAUGGCGGAAAUGAGUAGUUCAAGUGGUGCAGCCAGGGUUCAGAAAGUCGUGUCCAGACUGGAGAACAAGUCCUACGUCGUGACGGGAGGGAUCAGAGUGACGUUGCGAGAACAACUCAACGAGGUCGAGCUGGGUGAUGGCACCCGAAAAUUCAUCAUCCUCAAGAGUCAAGAGGUGGAAAGCUGCUGCGGAGAAGACUCGUCCACUCAAAGUGUCCCAGAACAGGACAAAAUUUUUACCCUUAUCGACACAGUCAAUAACGUUGACUCCAGUUCUUCAGAGAACAAAGAUAAUGUGUCACAGCAAAUAAGUUAUUUCACGGUCACGAAAAAUCCGCGAAAAAGGAAACAAACCUUCCCCACGACCGCUUCACAGCCAAAGGCAAUGAAAAUCUUCUCCUGUUCCAGCUGCGCCAAGAAAUUCAACAACAAGCAGGGAUUUGAACGUCAUGAACACAUUCACGAUGGCGAGUUGUACUGCCCCGAACCAGGCUGUGACGUCAGCUUCAAGAACAUCACUUCCGUCACCAAGCAUCGCAUUGAAAUUCACAACUAUACGAACCCACUUCUCGAGGCGAGAAGGAAGGCAAAGAAGACGACCCAAGAAAAAGAAGACUCUGCUCAAGCACAUGAUCCGGAGGACUUGGUGGCAACAGAAGCAAAAUCCGUGUCGCCUUCCCCCUCCGCCACAUCGCCAUUCGAAGAAACGGGCGACUACACGAGCAGCGACGACGACGAUAACGACGACGAUGAGAGCGACGACGAUUACCAUCCAUGAUUACCAUCCUGAAGCCAAUUUCGAUUUUACUUGUACAAUUAAUUAAGUUUGAACGGCCACGUUUAUAAUAAUAAUUCCAGAUUUUUUAAAAAAUAUAAUAACUCCUAUUGCAGCUUGUCGUUUAAAACUGACAAUAAAAAUGAACUAUAUAAUUAAAAAUGUUGUGAAACGGUCUAGGAGGACUAUUUUGUAAACUUUACAGUUUUAUUUUGCUUCGCCAAGCUUUCGGCAAAUAAAUAUUGCCUUCUUCAGGGUCAACGUAGAUAAUAUAAAUAUUUUACAAUUAAUCACUCUCACAAUUUCUAUAACUUGAUAAAUUACAUUAAUCCUCUUGGUAAUUUACGGAUUUUUUAUAAAUGGUAAAAUCGUUGGUGUCCAUAUGGAAUUAAUUUUCAUUCCAUUAUUGGUGUUCAUUGUAUUUGUCGAUUUCUUGAUGUACAAUGCCUCUUUAAUUUUUCGA